AUGGAUGUCGGAUGGGUGUUACGGAAAGCUGAGGAUAUUUGGAACCGCUUCUGGGGCAAAAAUAUGGAAAAAUCGAUAUGGGAAACACUACCGGAUGUGGCAAUGAUAGAAAUAUUUAAACUUUUGCGGGACCCAGACAAAGCAAACCUAGCACUUACAUGUACAAAUUGGGCACGCCUCUUCCAUACGCCGAGCUUAUGGCGAAACCGACACUUUGACAUGGGCGGAUACAAGUCUCACACGAACGGCGUACGAGCAAAUAAGUUUGCGGAACAGUUUGGCGCGUACGUGGAAAACCUCUCCAUAACAUGUAGUCACCCUUCCUAUCAUAUAACAAAGGUGUUCCAGAAGAGCAUGGAAGAUCUCCUAGUGAAAUUCAGGACGAGUCAACUAAAAGAAUUUGAGAUGGAACGCCUUGAACUGGACAGGUUUUGGAAGCACGAUUCAGCAAGAGAUAGAUUCACAAACAAUUUUGUUAAAUUCUUCAAAACGCAAAAACGUUUGAAGGUUUUUGAUAUGACGGCAGCUCAAUGUCCCCUAAAUGGAGGCUUGAAAAUAAUGGAGGUCAUUGGUCAGAAAUCUGGUAAAACUAUGGAAGAGAUCUACAUUGAAGACUUUUUCCCCUCACGGUUUACAGUUUAUAGCGUCGAAAAAUUUAAAAUAGCCAUUUCAUAUUUUACGAAUCUCAGUUACGUUGCUCUGAAUUAUAAUUACAUUUCAGAAGAAAUAAUUGAAAUAUUUUCGAAAACUUUAGCAGGAAAAUUAAAGUUUUUCAACAUCAAGGUAUAUCGUAGUAACCCUCACCUACACAGAAUAUCGUCGUUCGCUUGGCGACAUUUGACGUCCAUCUGUCCCAACCUACAGGUGAUGUUUUGGUUCGAUAGCGUGGCCAGGUCUACAGAAAUUAUUCCAAUCCUAGUACCCGAGAUACCUGUGCAAGACGUACAUAUCUGGACUGGGUACGAAGAUGACGCGGAAUGGAACCUGAGCGACACAAUAACACACAUUGCGGACAGUAAUGUCGCUACGCUUGAAGCGGCGUCUCUAGAGCUGGACAAUAACCAGGAGUUUGUUGAUGAUGCUGUUCUCUACCUUGUAAAUAAGUGUAAACGAUUGUUCGACUUAAGCCUCAACGCAGCAGUACUUCUGAGCACCAUCGAGACAAUCCUAGAACAAGUUGAUGAACGCAAGUCAAAUCUGCGUUCACUACACAUCACGGCCUGUGGGCUAUCGGAGAUGGAGUGGACAGAACUUGGCGUCAUCAAGGAUAGGUUUGCUGACAUGGCGACGAGUCGGAACAUUGACCUCAACAUCUCUACUGAUCUCGUGCUGGAUCCCUUCUGA